AUGGCCGCGACGUCAAAGUUAUCUCGCUCAUCGCCACCGCCUGAAGAACAAACCGACCCGCCGACCGUCCGCGACCGCACGACGACUUUCCACACCACAUCCCUCUCGGGUCCGUCAUCCUCAAGUGCCACUCGCCGCGAAACCUCCGCCUCGGUUGGCGCCAGCAGUGCUCAUCGGGGCCACCAUCUGAGCCAUUCGUCCAUCAGCUCGCAGCGGUCGAACGGCAUCCUCGCAUUUUUCGACAGGACGCUUGCGGGAAUCGCGGAGCCCAGGGUUCGACCACGUCAGUCGCUCAGUCGCAUCUCGACCGGUCCCGAAUCACUAGGUAGCAGCCAGUCCAGCCCGGAGAAGGGACUUCGCAGUGCUAGGCCAACAUCCAACUACGCCGCUCCCGUGGGGCCAUUGUUCGUCGACGGCAGCCACCCGAGUCCGACAAUCGUGCUCGGUGACCCACCCUCGCAGCCGUACAGCCAGACGAAUCCCUCGCUGCCGGAGCCAACCCUCAUCCCCCGUCCCGACGCCAAAAUGCACCAAACAUCGUCGCGGCUAUUGCGCAUGACGGACGAUGAUCGUCCGUUCACAAAAGAUUUCAAUGACCUCUUCGCUACCCUGAUCGUCAGCCUUCUGCCGCUCUCGGCACAUCGCGUGCGACUUUCCAAGGUGGAACACACGUUUCUCUCUGAAGAUGCCAUCAACAACCUGGGUUCGCUCAAAUUCUCUCAGUCCAACCGGAUGCCGGAUCCGAAGGACCCCUCAAGAAUCGUGACGACCACCACGACCACAACGUUCUCGAUGGCCAAGGACAUGGCGCGCUCCAUAUGCCAGCGGUUUCUCGAGGCGAGGUUCAUCGAAUCGGCGGACGGGAAAUAUCAGUCGGUUUACGCGAUGAAGGGCAUCGUCUGGCAGUUGACCCCCAAAGGUAUCUCCAUCUUGGACCGCUUCUGCUCCCGGAAUGGCAUUCAGCAGAAGCAGGUUGCCGAACUUGUCGGGUCGUCUCUGCCCCAGCUCGUGAUUUUGGAGCGGGACGGGCAGUCGGACAAGCUCUUGACGGAUCGCGGGACGAUCGAGGUCAUCUUCCGGCGGUUUAUCGGCGCCAAUGGCUUCAACAUCAAGUCGACCGUGAACUCGGCAGACUCGGAUUCUCUGAGCGACUACAGGGACGGUCUUACCGGCGUCAAGAUGGCCGCGGAGCGCAAAGUAGGAGGCAAGACGUUCAAGGAUACCUUCACCGGAAAAGCCGCGACGGAUUGGCUGAUGGACUGCUCGACCACGGUCGACAGGAGGGAAACGAUCGAGAUCGCCUCUCUUUUCGUGGAGUAUGAUCUGAUAGAAGCUGUGCACCAGGAUCGCAGUCACAUGGCUCAGUACCCAGCGCAUAACCUCUUCCAGCCGACCAAGCAGGCCAUAUACCAGGUCACAGCCAAGGGGCGAGACCUUGUCAACGGUGCCCUGGCCAGAGGGCGUGCGUCUGAGAGCGAGGGGCUGCCGGGUUCGCGGCCUGGCGGAAUCGCCCGCGACUCCAACACGCAGCGGCUUGACAAGAUUCUCAACGAUCCCGCCCUACGGUUACUGUUCCGCGAGAACCUCCGCGAGACUCACUGCGAGGAGAAUUUGUCGUUCUAUCUUGACGUGGACGAGUUCGUUCGGCAGUGCAGACAAGCGAUUCGUCUUGCGCAAAAGAGCCCCAACAACGCCGCGUCGCUCGACGGCAUCAAGGAAAUCAUGGCUCAAGCGUACGGCAUCUACAACGCUUUCUUGGCACCCGGCUCCCCUUGCGAGUUGAACAUUGACCACCAGCUUCGGAAUAACCUGGCGACGCGCAUGACGAAGGCGGUGGGACAGGAUGUUGCCAUGAUCGACACGCUGCACGAGGUUACCUCUCUCUUUGAGGAUGCUCAGAAUGCCGUCUUCAAGCUGAUGGCUAGUGACUCUGUUCCCAAGUUCCUGCGCAGCCCAAAGUAUGAGCAAACGCUCAAGAACUACGAUUUUGACGCCAUCACGGCGACGCAUGCGCAGCCCCGCGUCCCUGAGCGCAGCCAGAGCAGGUCAAAUCGCGGCUGA